GGUGUUGAUUACAGAAACAAAUAUGGCGGCGUGCUGUUGCUGCACACUGUGCGAAGGUUGUUUUUAAUUUUAAAGGUUGUAACAGGCGUACUUUAAACAUGCUGGGGCUGACAGUAAGAGAGGUGUCUCUGGCACUCAGAGAGGGAAGAAUCUCCCCAACCGAGCUCUGUAGGAAGUGUCUAAACCGCAUCAAGAAAACACAACAUCUUAAUGCUUACAUCUCUGUGACGGAGGAGGAGGCUCUGAAGCAGGCCCAAGAGGCAGAAAUUAGACUCCUACAAGGUAAGCCUAAAGGUCCUCUGGAUGGAAUCCCAUUCGCAGUCAAGGACAAUUUCUGCACGAAAAAUAUCAAAACAACAUGUGCUUCCAGGAUGCUGAGAGACUACACUCCACCCUACAAUGCCACUGUGGUCCAGAAGCUCUUUGACCAAGGGGCUGUUCUCAUGGGGAAGACCAACAUGGAUGAAUUUGCUAUGGGUGCAGGCAGUACUGAUGGAGCUUUUGGUCCAGUGAGGAACCCCUGGAGCUAUGCGGCUCCUUACAGAGACCAGUCAGGAGCAGCAGAGGACUCAGACUGGGUGGUCACUGGAGGGAGUUCAGGAGGAAGUGCUGCAGCUGUAUCCUCACUCACCAGCUACCUGGCUUUGGGUUCAGACACAGGCGGUUCUACUCGUAACCCUGGAGCUCUUUGUGGUGUUGUGGCUCUUAAGCCUACUUACGGUCUGCUGUCCAGACAUGGUCUAAUCCCACUGGUCAACUCUAUGGACGUGCCAGGUAUAAUGACCCGCAGUGUCAGUGAUGCAGCCAUCCUCUUAGAUAUCCUCCAAGGCCUCGAUGUCAGAGAUUCAACAACUAUUCCUGCUCCUUCACCAAUAACAGAACUACCUGAAGACUUGGAUGUGAAAAACAUUUGUGUGGGAAUCCCUAAGGAGUACCACGCCCCCGGGCUGUCUGAGGAGACUCUGUCACAGUGGAGUCGUGUUGCUGACAUGUUUGAAAGGGCAGGGGCCCGGGUGGAGCAGGUGUCCCUCCCCCACACUCAGUACUCAAUCGUGUGUUACCACGUUCUGUGCCAUGCCGAGGUGGCAUCCAACAUGGCUCGUUUUGAUGGCUUAGAAUACGGCCAUAGAAGUGCUGUUGACAGCUCGACAGAGGCCAUGUAUGCUUCAACCAGACACGAAGGCUUCAACGAUGUAGUGAGGGGGCGGAUACUCUCUGGGAACUUCUUCCUGCUUAAACAGAACUACCAGCACUACUUUCUGAAGGCUCAGAAAAUACGCCGGCUGAUCUCAGAAGACUUCAGGCAUGUGUUUAGUUCAGGUGUGGACAUCCUGCUCACACCCACAACUCUCACUGAUGCAGCACGCUACUCCGACUUCAUGCAGGAAGACAACCGAACACGCAGCGCGCAGGAAGAUGUCUUCACCCAGCCCGUCAACAUGGCAGGUCUCCCAGCUGUGUCUGUGCCAAUAGCUUUAUCAAGACGGGGCCUUCCUAUUGGCUUACAGCUUAUCAGCCCUGCACUCCAAGAAAAGAAGCUGCUUAGUGUCGCCCGCUGGAUCGAGCAGAGGGUUGGGUUUCCCUCAAUCAGUGAUUACCUAGACACUAAGGAGAGCAGGAAUGACACAGCACGGACCAAAAGGGAGCAGACAUCAGCUGGAUGAGGCACUAAUUCAAUAAAAACAGGCUGAUGUAAUUCCACAUGGACAUUUUCAGCCUAUGAGAUGCCUUUUUUAGGACAUUUUUGUUGCUAUUUCAUCACAAAAUAAAGCCGAAUUGUCUCAAGUGA